CUCCCUGUCCCCUGACUAGAGCUUUUGUAAAAGCUUAUAAAAUAUAAGGUGUAUUACACUGUUCAAAAAAUUUUUUUGCUACAGACCUUCAACAACUUUUACAGUUUAUUUAGAGAAAACCCAAUAAUCAUGGCCCGUAAAAGAGAAGAGUCUGCUAGUACAAAACAUGGUCCUCAACAACAGGCUGGCAGUGGAGCAACUGGAAACUCCAAACAUAGUGGAAGUAGCAGCAGUGGGAGCAGUUCUGGAUCUGGUAAAGGUUCAAGCGGCUCCAACAAUGCUGUGCCCGUGUAUGCCUCCCUGAAGCAGCAACUUGCCAUGCUGGGGCUAGCAAUGAGAGAGAUUCCUGGAGAUGGAAAUUGCUUGUUCGGAGCCCUGGCUGACCAAGUGGACGGCAGUCGUGCAACUCACUUCAAACACCGCAAAGAAAUUGUUGCUUACAUGCAAAAUAACAGGAUGCAUUUUGAGCCUUUUGUAGAGGAUGAUGUGAGCUUUCAUGAUCAUUUGCGGAGGCUGUCAGAAGCUGGCACAUUUGGUGGGAAUGAGUGCAUUGUGGCUUUUGCGCGGCUGCACAACGUUAUGGUUGUCAUCCAUCAGCUAAACACGGCUCUAUGGACGAUAUGUGGGAGUGAGGACAGUGAAUCUGAUCCCAACCUUUAUGAAGUGCAUAUUUCUUAUCACAAUGGGGACCACUACAACAGCGUCCGCAGAAUGGGCGACUGUAGCAACAGUCCUGCGAACAUCCGAACUGCGUUGCUGGUGAUGAAUGGCGGCAACAAGCAGCUGGAGCAGGACAGAGCUGAGCGCAGGGAGCUCGAGAUACGUCUCAUGCACUGCACCAAUUGCAAGGACGAGGAGCUCGUGAGACACUUCUUGGAGGAGCACAAUUACAAUUUUGACGAAGCUAUCGAAGCGCUGCUUGUGCAUAUACAUGAGAAGCCUCGAGAGCUUCACGGGGGUGAGAUGGGCCGCAGGAGGGGGGAGGUGACGGCGCUGUGGCGCGAGGACGGCAGCGGCAGCAGAGUCCUGGGGCAGGAGGCGGCCGCCCUCGCUCUCGCCGAGUCCACAAGCACAAUGGAAGCCCCUAAAGAUGGCUGGAGAGGCAGUGGCUCUACUGCUGAAAAACUCCAAGCCAAACUGAAACAACCUCACAUAUCCAACACCAAGCGUCAGGAGCUCAAGAAGCAACUGAAGAAGCAACAGCAGCGCGACCGCAAACGUCAUUCUGAGGCCGAGGACGCGUCGCUCGACUCCGAUUACGGAAUGUCUGACGACUGCCACACCAUCGUCGUACCUGACAUUGCUUGCCUUCGCAUAUGAACCGUGGGAUACAAGCUAAACCUAAUAACGCUUACUUGCAGCCACUCAUAUCAACCUCGAGCUGACAUUAUGAACCCUCUAAACCCAGCAUUGCUUGUUUGCAGCCACUCCCAUCAACCUCCAGCUGGCACAUACCCAUCAUCAUCUGCUAAAAGAAACUCAGUAACGCCUCACUCUUGAUCGCUCGGAUGAAACUCUUCCUUGAAGUAGAACUUGUGAUCGCUUGGAUGAACUUGAUCGCUUGGAUGAACCUCUUUCUUGGGUUCGAAUGAACUUCGUCUGUGAGCCUGAAGCUUCUACUUCGCGCGCAAUUUCAACACUUGAGCUCACUAACCUCCCGCUCCUUACCUACCAAAUUUACUCCUGAAAACUUCCUACUCAAGACUGCACUUGUAAAUCAAUUGGAAUCGAGGCUAUCGUCAACACGUUGAAAUUGUAUUAUGGAAACUUUUGCUCAAGACUUUAGCUGAAAUUUGAUUCAAAAGCAACUCAUGGUCCAUUUUUUGUUGUUCUGCGUUUACUUUUUCGUUCUUCAAGGAUGCUGGCAAGUUUGCGCGACUCACUCGUGUUACCUUUUCAUUAGACGACGGAUUUUUUUCUCACGUUCUGUGUUUUAAUAUGGAAGUUCAGUGCAAUGUUUAGCUUUGAAUUCGUCGUCUGGCGUGAUAUUUCAACUUGAUACUAUUGAUGAAUGCGACCUCUUGCGCAAUAUUUCAAUAAGAUACUUGAGCUUCAGUUCUAAAUUUGACAGAAUAUUUUAACACAACAUCAAAUCAACGAUAUCUGACACUAUUUUCAGAUUAUAUAUUUGUGUUAGCGGAUAACGACCGCCGCAAUAUUUCAACGAGCUCUUAAUGCUCGUAUUUGUCAUCUUAGGCGCAGUAUUGAAGUACAAUAUCUGCGCUUGAAUGUAAUGUCUGGAACGAUAUUCGUGUUGUAAAAUGUGUGCACUUGAAUGAGACGUCUAACACAUUAUUCAAGUGCAAUAUGUUCGCUUGAAUUAAACGCCUGGUGCAGUAGCCCAAACAAUGUUUUCGCUUGGACUUGACCAUUCUGGUCAUAUUUCAGCGUGGUAUUACAUUUAUUUGACGUUGCAGUUAUUUUAUUUUGGCGCUGAAUUAGAAUGUUGUUACGUAUUUAGCAGAUUAAGCAACACAAAUAGUUCAUUUUGAUGUUUAUUGAAAAAUUUCUAACCUGUUGAUGCUUUUGAGCUCCAUUUUUUUUCAUGGCUGGUCGAACCGGUUGCUCUCUUGACUAGUUAGGCUGUCAGGAUAUCGUGCUAAUUAUCAUUCGGCUAUUUCUAUUUCAUAUCCUGCCUAUAAUUAACUAUUAUUGUUCAAAUCAGGUAACGGGUUGCUGCUAACCUAGUGGGUUAAGAUUCCGUUAAAGCUUUCACUAAGCCGUCUUGUCGCAGGUAACUACAAAUUGGUCACUGUCCUGGAUUUGGCUUUCUUAAUGAUACUAAAACUUUCCACGGAGAGAAAUAUGUGAGAAAAGCGAUGCACUUUUGUGGGUUAUCCUGACUGUUUGGUCCGGCAUGAGAGUUAAUUAUUGCUACGUCCGCUCUCUGCCAGUUCUGUAGGCAAGAAAGUGUCACGUUAUGGACAACGACCCAACAAGGGAUUUAAGCGUCUUUCGUUCUCAACGACUUGCAUCUCGGAAUUUUUCAACUAAGUUUUGCGUGACCGUGCACAAAAUUACUAGAAUUUUUUUUUUUUUGUAUUGUAAUACCUCUGAAUGUUUAUUAACUUGUAAGAGAGAAAUUAAUCUUUCCUGUGCUUGUUAAUUAGGCUCUAGUGGUACCUACACUUUUUCGUGCUCUUGAAUCUGUAAGGGAUUAUCAGUGCUAUUUAAUUGUCCGAAAAAAAGCCAGCGACACGAACAUAGCAAUCGAAUUUUUUUAAAGUCAGUUCAGUCAAAUACGACCAUCGUUAUGCGUGUAUAGUACAGUUAAUACCAGAGAAUGUAUUCUAACUGCGGACUUCGAGCCGAGACUUUAUUUCUUUAUCCUAGAAUUAUUGAUUUAAAUUAUUUAUUGAUAUUGAUUAUUAUUGAUAUUGAUUGUUGUUUGCGAAGAUGUACUUCAGCUUAGCGAUAUACAAUGACAUUAAUGAAGUGAUACUUUAAUUUCUUCAUCAUUGCACCCAUUAUUUUUUUCGUGUUUCUUAUUUCGUCCAAUUCGCUUCCUUCCUAUUUAUUUAUUUCUAUUCCUACUUGAGUUUUCCAUGACUCCAGAGGUGACGUGUCAAGUUU